AUGAAGAUCACCUCAUCACUGCUGCUCGUCGGAGCUCUAGCCUCCACAGCACUUGCCGCCACUACCACAGCUGCAGACGACACCGCCGCCGUAACGGCUACCCAAACCGCAACGGCCAAAGCGAGCGCGACAGAUGACUCCGGUAGCACCGCGGUUCUGACGGGGACCAAUACCAAAACUGCCACCGGUACUGCCACCGCCACCGCCACCGCCACCGGCACCACGACCAAGGGCACCACCGAGGCCACUAGCACCACCAAGACCAACACUGUCAAGAUCACCUCGACUUGGACCUCAUCCGCCAAUGCCGUCACAACCUACCCGCCCAACAUUGUUUCGGGCGCUGAGAGACCCGUUGUGGGCUGGAGCUUGGCUGCGCUGGCAGCUUUCAUUGCCACCUUUUAG